AAUGGCGAUGUUGUUGAAGAUCAGUGGAGUGUUCAGGCUAAAAAUCUUCUACAAGGUUUUGUCAAGAAAAUUAAUCUCCCAAUCAGGUUUGUAUCAAUGUUAUAUUCUUUAAAACCCUUUUGAAGAGCCCGUCUCACUAGGAUGAGCUAUUGCUGUUUUAGGUCGAUGCUGUUCAAGAGUCCCUACUUAGUACCUUAACCUAAAUACAAAAUGCUCCUGAGGAAUUAUACAGAAAAUAGCAAACAAAUUUUUAAUCAUGGAGCACUAACCACUAUUUUUUUUGGUGAUUGUUAAAGGUAUAGCAUUAAAACUUGAACAAUUUGGUAGAACGUUUUCAAGUUUAAAUCCAUGUCCAUUCUUGCCAUCCGUUGCAACAGGCGACAGAAACCAGUUUCAGUGCUUAGAAAUAUUCUUAAAUAACAAAUUUGCCGCAUUAUUUUUGGGAUUAAUCCUGGGUGGGGAUGGAAAGGAUCCUGUUAUGGACUACCAUGCACUGUCUCACUCCACCCAGGUGUAUAAAUUUGGGUACCAAAAGAUUUAAUCCUGGGUGGAGGUGGGAGGGGUCCUGUUAUUGACUACUAUCCCGUCCAAGGAAGACCAAAAAUGUUCCUAGUCGUUUCAUGCCAUGGAGAUCGGAAUGUGCUACGGCCAAAUGGGCUACCUGGCUCGAACGCAGACUUUACCUUCGUACCUUUGUCACUUAUUUUAGUCUCUAGUCCUCUUGAUGACCUUAUAAACCACCUCGGAGGACCCGGAAAAGUAGCAGAAAUGACAGGCAGGCGUGGUCGCGUGGUAAAAACUGACAAGCAGCCUCAACCUCAUUACGAGGCUCGAGAAUCAGACAGCAGCAAU